AUGGAGAAGAAUCGAAUGUUUCAGUUUCUUGCCGGGUUGAACGACAAGUUUGAGUAUGCUCGUGUUCAUUUAUUGGGCUUAUCUUCAUUCCCUACUCUUGAGGAUACAUAUUCUUAUGUGUUGUCAGAUGAGAGCCGCCGGACUCAUCCAUUAGGUGUUGCUUCUGUUGAUCGUUCUGCUAUGGCAGUUCGGAUUCCCAACCUUUCAGGAACUUCACCAUCCCAGUCAGUUCAGAGCACUACCACCGAUUCUCCUCUAGGACGACAACGUAGACGGUGUGACCAUUGCGGAAAAAUUGGUCACAUCAAAUCUCGUUGUUAUGCUCUACAUGGACGUCCACCGCAACAGAAACAACAGCCUCGAUCCUCUGCACAUUCUGUUACACAACCAGUCUCGUUGUCAACUCCUGACAACCCUGCCUCUACAUCUUCUGCCACAGUUACCUUGACUCAAGUUGAUUUGGACAAGUUCAAGCAAUUCUUCAACCAAAUGGAGGCAUCAUCUCAGCCAACCUCCACUUAUACCCACUCAGGUACUAUUACGUCUGCACAUAGCGUAUCUACAUCUUCAUGGAUCAUUGAUUCUGGUGCUUCAGACAAUAUGACUGGUAUGUCUUCACUCUUCCAAUCUUAUAGUAUUUGCUCUGGCCAACGCAAGGUCCACCUUGCGGAUGGUUCUCCAUCUUCCAUUGCUGGGAAGGGAUCUGGUGUCGAAACAGAGAUUGGCAGUGGGCGUGAAGUGGACGGUUUAUACCUGUUGGAUACUCCUUUGUCGCCGCAAGCACAUUCAGCUUCAUUUUCUAAUAUAGUUUCAUCUAAUAAAGCCCAGCUUAUGUAUGUGUGGGGUCCUUGCCCAGUUACUUCUAGUCUUAGAUUUCGAUAUUUCGUGUUGUUCAUUGAUGAUCAUAGUCGUGGUACAGAGUACACUUAUGGGGAGGUACAACGGUUAUGUACAGAAUUUGGGAUUGCGCAUCAGCUGGCUAAUGUUAAAACUCUUCAACAGAAUGGUCGUUCUGAGAGAAAGAAUCGCCACAUCCUUGACUUAGCGAGAGCAAUCUGCAUUGGCAUGAAUGUUCCCCAGUCAUUUUGGGGAGAUGCAGUUCUUACCGCUCAGUUGGGGCAAACUCGUACAAAGCUUGACCCCAAGGCUUUGAAGUGUGUGCUUUUGGGCUAUUCUCACUCUCAAAAAGGUUAUAGGUGUUACCAUCCUCCCAGUCGUUGGCUGUUUAUAUCCAUGGAUGUUUCUUUCUUUGAGCAUACACCAUACUAUAGUGGUUCAGUUGGUUCUCAGAGUGAAUGGUUCCCACUGAAUAUAAUGGAUGAUCACUUUCUUCCGUCUUCAACUCCUCUACCAUUACCUGUUUCUUCUUCUAUAAUUCCUCCUCGUGAUACCCCUCCAGCAGGGGGAAUUGUUCCUUUUUCACAGGUUUAUAAUCGGAGACAACAGGAUAAACGUUCUUGUACUUACCCUAUUUCUAAUUUUAUUUCUGAUUAUGCUCUCUCACCCUUCUAUCGAAGUUUUCUUGUUUCUGUUGCCUCGGUUCCUAUUCCUUCCAAUGUUGCAGAUGCGCUAGCACAACCUCAAUGGCGUGAUGCUAUGACAGAAGAACUACAAGCACUUGAGAAAAAUCAGACUUGGGACAUGGUUCCGCUUCCUAUUGGACGAAAGGCUGUGGGUUGUCGUUGGGUGUUUACAGUCAAGCAUAAUCCAGAUGGGUCAGUUGCUCGUUACAAGGCCCGAUUGGUUGCCAAGGGUUAUGCUCAGACUUAUGUUAUAGAUUAUCAAGAGACUUUUGCCUCUGUUGCCAAGAUGAAUACCAUCCGUUUAGAUGUCAAGAAUGCCUUUCUUAAUGGUGAUUUGCAGGAGGAGGUGUACAUGGUUCCACCUCCGGGCUUUUGUUCUCCUACUCAUUCUGGUAUGGAUCUUGGUCUCCUACGAUACUUCUUGGGCAUUGAGGUGGCUCGCUCCAAGACUGGCAUUUUCAUCUUUCAACGCAAGUAUGUUCUUGACUUGCUUUCUGCUUCUGGUCAGCUUGGCGCUCGUCCUGCUGAUACUCCAAUUGAGCAGAAUCAUCGGUUGGCUGAUUCUGAGGGGGAGUUGUUGUCAGAUAUUGCUUGGACAGAUGCUGAUUAUGCAGGAUCAAUUUCAGAUAGGAGGUUUACUUCAGGUUAUUGUACCACUAUUGGUGGUAACUUGGUUACUUGGCGCAGUAAGAAGUAG